AUGCACGACAAAAAGGUCGAGAUUGACCUUUGGAAUCUCGAUAUUUCGGGGAUGCACGGGCAUGUCGUUGGCAUGGCAUUCGGGUCCAGAUGGGCCGCCACGAUGGUGCAACAUUGGGGUAGAUGUGCCCUCCGUAUUACCCAUGGCGCAGUAUUAAAUUCCCCACCUAAAUAG